GAAGUUUCUAGAUUAGAAGACAUAAUGCAGCAUUUAAAAUCAAAGAGACGGGAAGAACGGUGGAGGAAAGCAUCCAAGCGGCAGUCUGAGCAAGAAAUGGAAGAACUGCAUCAUGAUAUUGAUUGUCUUUUGCAAGAGAAGAAGGACUUAGAGCAUGAAGUAGAAGAAUUACAUAGAACCAUCCGGAAACAUCAACAGCAAAAGGACUUCCUUGAUGGAAAUGUUGAGAGUCUUAUGACUGAACUAGAAAUAGAAAAAUCAUUCAAACACCAUGAAGAUAUCAUAGAUGAGAUUGAGUGCAUUGAGAAGACCCUUCUGAAACGCCGCUCAGAGCUCAGGGAAGCUGACCGACUCCUGGCAGAGGCUGAGAAUGAACUUUCAUGCACAAAAGAGAAAACAAAAAAUGCUGUUGAAAAGUUCACUGAUGCCAAGAGAAAUUUAUUGCAAACUGAGUCAGAUGCUGAGGAGUUAGAAAGGAGAGCUCAGGAAACUGCUAUUAACCUUGUCAAAGCUGAUCAGCAGCUAAGAUUGCUCCAGGCUGAUGCAGAGGAUUUGGAGCAGCACAAACUCAAGCAAGAAGAAAUCUUGAAAGAAAUAAACAAAGCUGUAGCAGCAAAAGACUUAGACUUCCAGUGUUUAGACAAGAAAAAGGAAAAACUGACGGAAGAGCUUCAGAAACUGCAGAAAGACAUUGAGACAGCAGAACACAAUGAAGAUCACCACCUGCAGGUCCUUAAAGAAUCUGAGACCCUCCUUCAGGCCAAGAGAACUGAGCUGGAGAAGCUGAAAAGCCAGGUGACAAGUCAGCAGCAGGAGAUGGCUGUCUUGGACAAGCAGUUAGGGCAUAAAAAAGAAGAGCUGCAUCUACUUCAGGAAAGCAUGGUCCAGGCAAAAGCUGACCUCCAGGAAGCUCUGAGACUGGGAGAAACUGAAGUAGCUGAGAAAUGUAAUCACAUUAGGGAAGUAAAAGCUCUUCUGGAAGAACUGAGUUUUCAGAAAGGAGAACUGAAUGUCCAGAUUAGUGAAAAAAAAACUCAACUUGCACUUAUAAAGCAGGAAAUUGAAAAAGAGGAAGAAAAUCUUCAGUUAGUUUUAGGGCAGAUGGCUAAACAUAAAACUGAACUAAAGAAUAUUCUGGACAUGUUGCAACUAGAAAACAACGAGCUACAAGGUUUGAAGCUACAACAUGAUCAAAAGGUGUCUGAGUUAGAGAAGACUCAGGUUGAAGUGCUAGAGGAGAAACUGGAGUUAGAGAAUUUGCAGCAGACAUCCCAGCAACAGAGAGGGGAGAUAGAGUGGCAGAAGCAGCUCCUCGAGAGGGACAAAUGGGAAAUAGAGCGAAUGACUGCUGAGACACAAACAUUACAAUCAUGUGUUGAGUGUUUGAACAAAGAAAAGGAAGAUCUCCAAGAGAAACGUGACAAUUGGGAAAAGAAGUUGGCACAAACCCGAAG